AUGAAGACAAACAAUGAAUUGCGAGAAGAAAUUUCAAAGUGCUUAUUUGCCUCAAAGAUUUUUAAAUUUAUGGCUUUCAACAUUGACCGAGGAUCCAAGGAGCCUGAGAAACAAAAAGAAUUUCUGGAAAAGCUUGUAAUUAUUAUGCCAGAUAGAUAUCAAAAUAAAUGUGAAAAGAAGAAAACAAUGUCAGAAGAUUAUGAUGAUGGUAAAACUAUGCCCGAAGAAACUGAUGAUGAGAAAACUAUGCCUGAGGAGUCUGAUGAUGAGAGAAUCAAUUUCUUUUUAGAUAUUGUUAAGUAUUUCCGAUGUGAAUGUAUAUUUGCAAAACAGAUUGACAGCAAGUUGGAAAGUGUUAAGCGAUUUUUUGUCAAUUUAAAGGUGUGUUACUAUAAACCGAAAACUUUCAAAAACAGAAAUUUUCAUUUUGUUAAUGAGACUACUUAUUUAUAA